CCGCCCUAAUGCUAGUCUGAGGCCGUCGGCUUCCUCCAAAGCGCUUGGCACUCCAUAAGCUGCUAAAUGUUUCUUUUAUUCUGUUGUAUUUCCUACAGAAAAUAGGAAAAUAGAUAUUAUUCGAGGAAGUAAAUAUAAUUGUGGAGUGGAAAAGCCGAGGGUUAUCCUUCUGUCGGAUUUCCCUUGGCGUUGUGGCACAUUUGUUCAGUACUUUAGCUCGAGAAGCUAACGCUAGCGGUUGACGAGAGUGGAAGCAUCGGCACGAGUAAGACGAGCCCUCCCUCCCCCCAACACUUCCCGUGACCUAGAUAUACGGUGAUUUGACUUUGCUCCGAUGAAUGGCAAGAGUAUGAGCCUCUAAUCAACACCUGGUAUCAUGGCUCCACCCUUGCCCUGACCUCUUGGUUCACCCAGGAUCCAAAAUGAGCGUAAGCAGUGAUGAGGUCAAUUUCCUGGUGUACAGAUACUUGCAGGAGUCAGGCUUCUCCCACUCAGCUUUCACCUUUGGCAUAGAGAGCCACAUCAGCCAGUCCAACAUCAACGGCGCUCUGGUGCCCCCUGCUGCCCUCAUCUCCAUCAUCCAGAAAGGCCUGCAGUAUGUGGAGGCGGAAGUCAGCAUCAAUGAGGACGGUACCCUGUUUGAUGGACGACCGAUCGAGUCGCUGUCUUUGAUCGAUGCAGUGAUGCCAGACGUGGUGCAAACGAGGCAGCAGGUGUAUAAGGAUAAGCUGGCUCAGCAGCAAGCUGCCGCUGCCAAGAACGGAGAGAGCACAGCUAAUGGAGAAGAGAACGGAUCUCACACACUGUCUAACCACCACUCAGACAUGAUGGAGGUGGACGGUGCGGUGGAGAUCCCAGCCAGUAAAGCCAUGGUGCUGCGGGGCCAUGAGUCUGAGGUCUUCAUCUGUGCAUGGAACCCUGUCAGUGAUCUGCUGGCCUCUGGCUCUGGAGACUCAACCGCACGGAUCUGGAACCUGAGCGAGGGCAGCGCAGGAGGAUCCACUCAGCUGGUGCUGCGGCACUGCAUUCGGGAGGGGGGGCAGGAUGUACCCAGUAACAAAGACGUCACCUCACUGGACUGGAAUAGUGAAGGUACACUUCUUGCCACAGGAUCCUAUGAUGGCUUUGCCAGGAUAUGGACUAAAGAUGGUAAUCUUGCCAGUACACUGGGGCAGCACAAAGGUCCCAUAUUUGCGUUAAAGUGGAAUAAGAAAGGAAAUUUUAUCCUCAGCGCCGGUGUUGAUAAGACCACCAUUAUUUGGGACGCCCACACAGGAGAGGCCAAGCAGCAAUUUCCAUUCCAUUCAGCUCCAGCUCUGGACGUGGACUGGCAGAGCAACAACACGUUUGCCUCCUGCAGCACAGACAUGUGCAUUCACGUGUGUAAACUGGGCCAGGACAGACCAGUCAAAACAUUCCAGGGCCACACAAAUGAAGUCAAUGCAAUCAAAUGGGAUCCAACGGGGAAUCUCUUGGCCUCCUGCUCUGAUGACAUGACGCUAAAGCUUUGGAGCAUGAAACAGGACACUUGUGUUCAUGACCUUCAAGCCCACAGUAAGGAGAUCUACACCAUCAAAUGGAGCCCAACUGGCCCUGGAACCAACAACCCCAAUGCCAACCUCAUGCUGGCCAGUGCAUCAUUCGAUUCAACGGUGCGUCUGUGGGACGCAGAGCGUGGUUCAUGCAUCCACACACUGACCAAACACCAGGAGCCCGUCUACAGCGUGGCAUUCAGUCCAGAUGGACGGCACCUGGCCAGCGGUUCCUUCGACAAGUGUGUCCAUAUCUGGAACACGCAGAGCGGUGCUUUAGUCAACAGCUACCGAGGGACGGGAGGGAUUUUUGAAGUAUGCUGGAACUCCACUGGAGACAAAGUGGGCGCAAGUGCAUCAGAUGGAUCGGUUUGUGUAUUAGAUCUAAGGAAAUGAUGCAGUUGCUGGGAAGCCAUGGACCGACUAUGAAUGUGUGCACAGCCAAAUUUACUGACUGUCCCUGGCCCACCAUCAUCAUCCACUGCUGUAGUCCACGCGUGAGGCUCCAGACCAAUGGUUCCUCAGCUCCAUCACAACACGGACCCAUGAUGCCUACCACACACACACAAAAUCAGCGUGCCUGAGAACAGUUAUAAACAGACACGCUGGACACAUGAGAAAUACACCACAAAUGCACACAGACACCUCAUUAGUUCCUGUGUGCAUCAUUCCAAACCCAGAGGGCCGAGGUCCACGCCGCUGUCGUGAGCAUAUUGUACACGUCAGUGCUUCAGAGACGGUUUAGGUGGAACUGCAUGAGCUAAAGAGUAGAGCUGUUGAAUAUGGCCGACUGGUGGCCGUAUGAUAUCGACAAUUCGGAGAAUAUUGGCACUGUAUCUUUAGUAGCUCUCCGACUUUGGAACUGUUCUCCAAAAAUGCUCAAGGAUUUUUUUUUUUUUUUUUUUUUAAUACAGAGUUAUAAGAGUACAGAAAGCCUGUUAGAUUACUCUGCUAUAUUUUCUAAAACGAAUGCCCUGUGUUAUUUUAUACAACCUAUGCAACUUUGUGGUAAGACAAAACUGAACUUGCAGUGCAUGAAUGGGUGAAACUCAUAGGUGAAGCCUGAACGUUUUAAAAUAUCUGUAAGGCCCACCCUAAAAACAUGACGGCACAUUCACGGUCACUGUUACAGAAAACAUAUUUGUCAGGUUAUUCAUUCAUUUUGCUUUUUUUGGGAGUUUGUGAUUGUCCUCCAACAAUGGUAUUUAACAUGACACCUCACUUAAAAACGUUUAUUACAAAGAUUUCUCCUUCAGAUUAGAUGUUCUUUCUUUAGUGCUGCGUAGUGCUGUCAUUUCUUGCUUUCCUACAGCGGUUCGAGCUCUGACUCUCAUUACACUUUGAGUGCUGCAGUGAACUGGUAUGUGUGUGACUCUAACCGCUGCAGUCUGUGGCUUCAUGUGUGGGACAGAAUUAUGUGUCGGUGGGAUAUUUCUUUUUAUUUUUUUAUUCCGUUCCGUUCAGGCAGUGGGAGGUGGAUGUGCUUUUCGACUCUAGUUCCAUAGUUCAGAGUCAUGUUAAGGUGGUGCCCGUUUUACUCACUCUUUUUUUUGUAAAAUGACGUCAUUGCGCAGUGAUGCAGAAACUGACGUGGAAAAACGUGACUGUGACCACAGGGAUUUUUCCUUUUAGAUGCUACUGUUAUAAAUGAUUUUUUUUAAUGUAAACUCCAUUGAUGUUUGUAAUUUUUCUCACUGUCUGGUUUCUUUAGGGUGACAGCACAUUGAUUUAGAGUUCACUAGAUGCUGUCGAGUGUCUUUAUAAAAUACCAUUAGACAGUCAUAGUCCAGAGAAGCAGCUUUUCUCCAGCACACUCUUAAUGUUGCCCUUCAGCACUUUAUACAUACUCCCAUGAAACCCAAUGAGCACUUAAAUCGUUUUUUAUAUUUUGGACUGAAAUUACUGACAUUAAACAUUUACUGGAAUGAACCAGAUCUUCUGAUGAUUAUUAGAGGAUGAGGCGGCUGGUUAAAACCUAUGUAACAGUGUUUUUCCUUUUCUUUUUAUUAAAAUGUAGUCCAAAAUGUUAACAGAUGUCUGUCUUUUCCCACAGAUUAACUAUAAUCUGCAUCCCCUCCUAAAUAGUCAAGUAAAGUCACAUUUAAAUAGCGCUUUAAACAAAAUACAUUGCGUCAAAGCAACUGAACAACAUUCAUUAGGAAAACAGUGUGUCAAUAAUGUAAAAUAACAGUUAAGGCAGUCCAUCAUUGAAUUCAGUGAUGUCAUCUCUGUUCAGUUUAAAUAGUGUCUGUGCAUUUAAUUGCAAUCAAGUCAACGAUAUCGCUGUAGAUAAAGUAACCCCAAAUAUCAAAAUGUCCUGAUUUUUAUUUUUCCAAUUUCAUUUUUUAAAGAGUAUUUUGAAGCUUGCUCUAAUAUAAUCAACAAGUAGAUUGUAUGAAAAUACACUAUUUAUUGUAUUGUCUAUGACAGUGGAAUGGUAUUUUAUAAUGUUUUGAUUUUAAAGAGCUAUACUUUUUACGGUGUGUGUGCUUCUCUUGGUCCUUGAAGCCUAGCACUCUGCUUGCUGUGUCCCUUUGAAAUUUUCUACUUUAAAAUCUUUUGUAAUUCUAAUGUUUUUAGCUCUAAGCAAAAGCAUGUACAUGGACAUAUCAAAACAUCCUGGACCAUGUAAAUAAUUAGGUGAUAUUUGUCUCACUUUAGGUAAUCCUUAAUCUAGUUUUUCUCUCUCUUUCUUCUUUUUCUUGUUUUUGCUUACUUUCUAGCAGAAAUCCCUCACUGCGAUAUUGAUUUGACUGUUGUGAUUGGAGUCAGAUCAAAUGAGAAGUCCAGAAUAAAAUAUAUUUUGAUAAAAGUGU